AUGGAAGAAGAACUGUUAGACGUUAAUAGACAAAACGUGCGUCUGAAGCAAUUGCUAGGAGAGGCUCAACGUACAUUUGAGUUGAUCGACGAACAGCGCCGUAAAGCAGCGAGUAUCAUUGAAUCACACGAGCAAGUGAUGGCCCAAAAGGCUCUUGAAAAUAGCCAGCUCCAGGAACGGUUGACAGAGAUGGAGCGCGCCACUCGGUCCAUGGCGUCCAUUGAACACCAACUGGAAUUCAACAAGGCAGAGCUCUCCCGUCUUGCUGCUGAAAAUGAGUCACUGAAGCAGGAGCUCAAAGCCUCUGCUAAAAAGAACACUGACCUCACUCAAUACAAAUAUCAAGCAGCAGCCUUAAUGUCUGAAUUGGCUGCAGUUAAAAAAGAUUUAGAAACUACCAAUGUGGAUGCAUCCAGGACUAAGGAAGAGCUAUCUGCUACAAUAGAGACGAACAAGGAGCUUCGCAUGGCACUGAGCUCAUCCACAGACCAAUUGACUGUCCUUUUAGCCCUCUUGCUCGAAAGGAGUGAUCAAGCAAAAAGCGGUGGAGAUGGUGCUACUGCUAGCUGUGAUAUUGAUGAUUCUGAUAAUCGGAAGCAUCUUUAUGACAUUCUUAGCUGUCAGUCGACUAUUCUGAGUCAUUUUGUACUUUUCAGCUCCUCUGCGGGUGCAUCUCCUUUGCCAAUCUUUCUUCUAACUUGUACUCUUUUCACCCAGCGGCUCCUUCUUCGGCGAUUGUGCGCUUUUAUUAACCAGGGAACACUAAGCCUGUCUGACAAUUCAGAGCGCCUGAACUUCUUAUUAAGUUCCUUUGCAUUAUCGCUUGUGGAAGAUUUCAUAUCAGUUUUUCUCACCCAAGGAGAGAAGUUCUAUCUUGCUGCAACCGAGAUGCCCAGUCCUGAAGUAUUUAAGGCAGCAUUGAGUCUAUCGUCGUCAUUGCAGGAUGCUUGUGGGGACUCACUUGCAGCCCUAGAAGAGGUGAUCCUGACCGGCGCCUUGCCGAGUCACUUACAGCCCAACCUUAGCGCGUCCAGGAUUCGCGGGUUUUUUGGUCAGGUACUUCCUGUACUAUUUUCCAGUAUGGAUAUAUUAACAGGUGCAGACACAGGUUUGUACGCUUAUUCAACUUUCCUCUCUGCACCUUCAUUAAUUGAAAGGCUUAUUUUUGUCGUCACAGCAUACAUCUAUCGCACCGUCUCAUUUGGCUUUCAACAGCCAUUUAUAACGCUUUCGUCAAGAUUCUUCCUCGAUGCAAUGACUUUGUUGUGCCCUGCUCAGAAUGCAUUUCUGGAUCAUGCUAGUCAAUCGGGGUUCUCAGUUGGCCAAGUGGAUUGCUUGCUGGCAGCUUUUUCCGAUCAGCUCUCUAUCGAUCAAUCGUCGUCCCUCUUAGAUCUCAUAAGUAAGACUAGAGAUUCAUUAUCUAAAACCCUUAGUAGCGAUAGUAUGAUGGCACAGCAGAAACGAACAAAGGACCAGGCUCAUGUAGAUAUAAAAACGUUAUUGACCAAUAUUCAGGCAGAGGCGUCUCAACAGUUCAAAAAGCUAGUCUGUGCGCAGGAUGAGCUCAGAGUGGAGCUGGAUCACACUCGGACAGAAUUGGCCAGCCUUCGUGAGGAGCAUGCUAAGACCAUUGGAUUGUUAAGAAUAGCAAAUGAUCGGAUAUCGGUUGCUGAAGAGACAACUACUGCAUUACGAAAUGCGUUAUCUGCUCAGCUGAUUACUUAA